AUGAUUCCUCCCAUCCUGUCCUGUGUUUGCCUUCUUGCCAUUUUCCCUCCAUUCUCCCAGGCGCGGCCAUCAAGUCCAACAUUGCGAGCGCCACAUCUCGAAACGCGAGACGUGACCAACUCGUCGAAGGCAGGACUUGCCUGGGCCAAUGGGAAAUGGGUGGAUAUGAAGCAGUAUGAGAGUACAGGAAAAGUUUCCUGGUAUUAUACGUGGGGCCCUGACCCAGUUGACGGUGCUACUAUUGAGUUUGUCCCAAUGUUCUGGGGAUCCAAGGACAUAGAUGACUGGCAAAGUUCUAUCAACUCGACCAUCAGCGAGCUCGACGUCAAAGCCAUCCUUGGAUUCAACGAGCCACAACAGUCUGGCCAAUCCAACCUCACUCCCUCUGACGGUGCCUCCCUCUGGCAAACCUACAUCGAACCCCUCAAAUCCGCCAAUCCAUCCCUGCGACUCGGAUCACCAGCCCCGUCAAGCGCGCCUUCCGGAAAGACCUGGCUCCAAGAAUGGCUGAGCGCAUGCAACGGCGGGUGUACUCCGGACUUCAUCGCGUUGCAUUGGUACGAUGUGAAUGCGACGGCCUUUAUCGAGUAUCUAGAAGAUUUCCACGAUACGUUUGGGUUGGAUCUGUGGGUUACGGAGUGGGCUUGUCAGAACUUCAACGACGAGAAUGCUCAGUGCUCACAGGAAGAUGUAGAAGAAUUCUUGAAUACCACCCAGUCCUACAUGGACUCUUCGUCUUUCGUCGAACGAUAUGCCUGGUUCGGAGCCAUGGAGAACCUUCAAGGAGUCAACACCGACAACGCACUCAUGGACUCGAAAGGCGAUAUCAAUGACCUGGGCGAGCAAUACAUCGGUGGAAACGCUACGACCCAUUCGAGCGGUGCUCCUCCCACGUUCGACCCCACCCUCGGAAUGAUAACCUGGGCUAUGUUUACGACCGUCGCUGUGCUGUCGUGGUAG